UUUGAAUAUGACGUAUACAUUCUCUACGCAUGUAGAAAAAAAGAAAUGUGCGCGUGGACGCUUCGUUUAUCAUGUCUGGAAAACACACGACAUAACAGCGUACAUGACUGUUGUUUUGUUUUUUUUUGCUACAAUGCAAACAUGAACUCUAACAGAUACGCACGCACGCGCACAAAUCAAUAGACCUGCAUUUGUAAACCCACGCGCUGCCGCUGCCUUUCACGUUCGUCGGUAUUUACAUGAACACAAUACGACUCACGCCCCCCCCCCCACCCCAUCCCACCUCCCCGCUCCCUCUCAACAGCAUCUCUAAUCUAUAUCCUUAGGGUGUAUUGGCAUUCUCGCCUGUAGAGGACCAGAUCUCUAACACUGAUGUGUGCACGGUACACGCUUUGCCAAGCACCAACCAAGCAGAAAGCCCAUCUCACUCUCCGCCUGGAAGAGAGAGCGCGAGAGAGGGGGAGGGGGGGAGAAAAGUCCCACUGAUUUCAUAAUUAUACAUUUCACCCUUAAGCAUCACCUUCAAAGACGGCACAUGAGGCAGGGCAGCCUUAUGGGAUCACGAGUGGAGGCUCUGAUAAUGAGCCAAAUGCCCUCCAAGAAAACAAAUAGCGCUUUAGAGGCAAUCACGCUGGCCCGGGGGCAGGCUCACAUACAGUAGGUGUUAUUUGUACUGUUUCAGAUUUCACUUCAUAUUAAACUAGUGUCUUAGAGCAAAAACGCACUCCCGCGGUUGCGGUUUCGCAGCGAACCGCUGCUGUAAUUCUCAGUGGCAGUCGCCAGCGUCAGGCGGCGGUGCUGAAGCCUGCGAGUGUUUAUUGGGCCACAACAGGGCCACUGUUCCGCAGCGCUCAUCCAUCCUGGGAGCGCGGUGAACCCGAGCGUGUCUGGGCUGAAAGGCACCCUGUCUCCCCCCAUGAGGGGAGGCAUUCCUCUCCCUGCGUUACUCACCCGCCCAACAGGAAGCUAACGUCUUUACACGUCUGCAGCUUCUUGGUGAACGGUGAAUCUGUCUCACUUCCUGUGUGAGCUGUUCAUCAGGGUGUCGCCGGCGAGGCCUGGUGUGUUCAGCAGCAGACUGGGGGGGGGGGUCUGACACGCCUCGUCAUCUAUAGGCACCCGGACCCGUGCCAACAGGAGGAACGGCCCACGACAGGCUGCGUGCGCUCGCUGUUUGCUGUUUGGUGGCUGACGGCGCCACAUGAGGCGUCGCGUCUAAGGAGAGGAAGCCAAAGGGGGGAGGAGGCGAGGCCCCCUGCCGUCCUUCCUUCCACAGCCGCAGUGAACACACCACGAGGGACCCGAGCUACAGUUUCAGUGGGGUCUGGGGGACGUUGAGGUGAUGCAGGUCCCUCGGUCAAACCAGUGGAGGAUCUCGCACGUGAUGAGCGGCUUCGUCUGCUGAACCCCGGUCACAUCACCGCCGCCGCCGCCGUCGCCACCGCCACCGCCCCAGCCCCCCUCGCCGCCUCCAUCUCUGAUGGCUCUAUGGGGCGUCGUCAGCCUCAGCCUCCACUGCUGGGUGUGUUUACGGUGUGGCGUCACAGCAGCAGCAGCCGCAGCCACAGUCAGCGUCCCCAACGACAAGCCCGGGGGCCCCCUGGACUGGCUGCUGUCCGACAAGGGGCCCUUCCAUCACUCCCCAGAGUACAUCGACUUCGUGGAGAAGAAUCGGCAAGGCUUCUCCACCAGAUACAAAAUCUACAGGGAGUUUGGGAGAUGGAAGGUGAACAACCUGGCUGUGGAGAGAAAGGACUUCCUGCAGUCUCCUUUACCUCUGACACCUGAGUUCAUCAGGAACAUCCGUCUCCUGGGCCGCAGACCCACCACACAGAUGAUCACUGACAACCUGAUCAGGAAGUAUGGAACCCACUUCCUGUUGUCAGCCACGCUGGGAGGGGAAGAGGCCUUAACCAUAUUCGUGGACAAGAGGAAACUAAGCAAGAAAGCGGAGGUGAGCGACUACUCUGGCAACUCCUCUGCCGUGACCCUGGAGGCGCUGCACCAGCUGGCCGCCUCCUACUUCAUCGACAGGGAGAGCACGCUGCGCAAGCUGCACCACAUCCAGAUCGCCUCCACCGCCAUCAAGGUGACAGAGACUCGCACAGGUCCUCUUGGAUGCAGUAACUAUGACAACCUUGAUUCCGUCAGCUCUGUGCUGGUUCAGAGUCCUGAGAAUAAAGUCCAGCUGCAAGGCCUACAAGUGAUCCUUCCUGACUACUUGAGGGAGGGCUUUGUGCAGGCGGCUCUCAGCUACAUAGCCUGCAAUGGAGAGGGGGAGUUCGUCUGCAAGGACAAUGACUGCUGGUGCAACUGUGAUCCCAAGUUCCCAGAGUGCAACUGCCCCUACAUGGACAUCCAGGCCAUGGAGGAGAGCCUGGAGAGGAUCACGGAGACAUGGGGGUUGCUCUAUAAAGAAUUUGAAGAGUCAGAUGAGUUCAAGACAUUCUAUGCGAGGCUGCCGCAGAGUUAUUUCCUGAAUGUGUCAGCCAUCCAACACUUGUGGUCCCUGGACAGCGUGUUCCAGUGGCGAUAUGAGCAGCUGGAGAACAGCAUGCGGGUGCUCUCCAGACGAGCCCAAAGGGUCAUUUUCAAACUCUUCAGUCUCAGUAAAAGAUGCCACAGACAGCCCCAAGUUCAACUACCAAGGGAGCGGCCUCAGUCCUACUGGCUCACACAUUUCCAGUCUCUCCUGUAUUGCUCAGAGAACAACCAGCUCGGCGCAUUCUCCGAGGACCUUCACAGCUGCACCUGUCGAUACGAGCACAGCCCCUGUCAGCUGCCUCCCCCCUGCACCAUUGGCGAGGGCUCGGCCUGUGUGGCUUGUGCACCAGACAACCACACCCGCUGUGGGAGUUGCAACCCUGGCUUCGCCCUCCUUCAGGGUGUUUGCCGGCCCAUGGUGGCAGACUCCACUGAGAACUACCUAGGAUUCGAGACAGAUCUCCAAGAUUUGGAGCUGGGCUACCUGCUGCAAAGAGCGGACCGCAGGCUGGAGGUCCAUGCGAUUUUCAUCAGCAAUGACAUGAGACUCAACAGCUGGUUUGACCCAUCUUGGAGAAAGAGGAUGUUGCUGACACUAAAGAGCAACAAGUACAAAUCCAACAUGGUCCACAUGCUCCUGGGUAUAUCCCUGCAGAUCUGCCUUACAAAGAACAGCACACUGGAGCCCGUCCUUACUCUUUAUAUCAACCCGUUUGGGGGGAGCCAUUCAGAGAGCUGGUACAUCCCUGUCAAUGAGAACAGCUUUCCAGACUGGCAAGCCACUAAGUUGGACCUGCCCUUUGAGUGCUAUAACUGGACCCUGACACUGGGCAACAAGUAUAAGACAUUCUUUGAAACCAUUCAUAUCUACCUUCGGAGCAGAAUAAAGACUCAAGAUGGAGUCAAUGACAGCCUUUAUUACGAGCCUCUAGAAAUGACCGAUCCUGCUCGGAACCUGGGUUACAUGAAAAUCAACAGCAUUCAGGUCUUUGGCUACAGCAUGCACUUUGACCCGGAGGCGAUCCGUGACUUAAUUCUGCAGCUGGACUACCCAUACACCCAAGGUUCCCAAGACACAGCCAUGCUUCAGCUCUUGGAGUUACGGGACCGCGUGAACCGGCUGUCCCCUCCGGGUCAGCAGAGGUUGGACCUGUUUGCUUGUCUUCUCCGGCACCGGCUCAAACUGACUGCCAGCGAAGUGGUUCGCAUCCACGCCUCCAUACAGGCCUUCAGCUCCCGUCUGCCCAAUUCUGUGGAUUACGAGACGACCAAGCUGUGCAGUUAACAGCUACUUGAAGGGAGAUCCGAACUGUAAAUGGCCUCAGAGAGACCUCAGAGAAAUAAACGUUGUGCCAUUCAUGCAGAUCCUUACAGUUGUGCUCUGUCUCUAUGGAUUAUUAAGGUGACUCAAGAGAGGACCAGCUGUGGAUAACUGAAGAAUGUACUGUACUGUUUUGGUUUUUGUUUCGUGGUGACUACCUUCAGUGCUAUAUUAUAAAAAAAUUGAGGUGGCUGAGUGGGGAAAAUGCACAACUGUUUCUCACCAACGAACUGGAACAAAAGAACAUCUGCAGUAGAAAGUAAAUGCCGCUGUAAAUUUGAACCAUUCUGUUUCAAUAUGACUGCUCGUUUGUACUGUAAGUACCGAUACCAAAAGGAUGGACACUUUAAGGUAACACUGGUACAAUCUGUUCGUUUGUAAUUUUUAUAUGUUCCUUUGCUUCAGUGACAGUGCACUUUCCAUGAAGACCAGAAUACAGUGGUGUCAGUUAAGAUUUUGUAGAUAAAUUGAUAUUAAAAACAUCAUGAUAUAAGA